AUGUCUACUACCACAACACAACUGGAUGAGACGGAUGUUCGUGCAUCAGUCUCUAGCAGUUCCAAUACCCUCUGUCCAUCUAAUACCAACUCGACCCACUUCUACCCAUCUCGCAUCUUAACCGUGGACGCCCAAGGAAUCAAUGCCAUUCGUCUCCCACUUCCUCCAAGCCAAACCGAAAUCACAAUCACCCUUGCAGACGGAAGCACAGGCUAUGUCUCCACUCGAAACAAGCGCUGGUCAGGAAAUAGCAUCCUCUCUCAUCCCAAAGCUGGAAAUCUGAUCCGCACGGACUACUUCUUCGGUCCGAACCGUGAUCCCGUUCUUCGUCUACUACAGACCUCUAGUGUUAUUCCCGAAGAAAUCAGAAUAUCUUCUAAGUGGCUUUCGCGCUCGGCAUGGUUUACCAUGCCCACUGGUACUGAAUAUGAAUGGGCAUAUGCGAAACAGAAGAGAAUCGACGGCCAGAAAUUGAGAUUAAUCGUUCUUCGUGCUAUUGGUGAAAAGGAUUCGGAGGAUCGUUGUGUUGCACAGCUUGUGCGGAGUACUGAUACUCGGACGCCGGGGACAUCUAGAUGUACUGCAGGGAAUGGAGGUGAGCUACAAAUUGAUGAUGGAGCGCUACAAGCCCUGCAGCUUGACGAGUCGGUUGUCGUUGCAACAUGCCUUGUCAUGCUGAAGCGAGAGAUUGACAGACGCCGUGUCAGGCAAGCGGCAGCGAUGGGGGGCGCAGGAGGUGGUUGUUGA